CCGCAACACGCCCAAAGAGGAAUCUCCCACACCAUCCCUCUCACCGUGUGCUCUUCCCUUAACUCCUGCCUCCGAUUCUCCUGCUGCCUUGUUAUAGUCCUCACCGUCCUCUUGACCUGGCUAUCUAAUCUCCCCUUGCUGAUUCCUCAAUCGUAUCAGAUUGCACCACCACAGCCAUGUACAUCACGCCUGCGCUGGUCGCCGCCUGUCUCACCCUGGAGGCGUCCGCCUUCCUGGUACCUCUCGAGGUUGCAACGGCGGCGAAGCAGGCAAAGUCGGAACUCGCCUCGCUCCUCGCGACCACUGGUCAUACCGUCGACCUUGACUGCCCGGGAUGUCCAUACUUUGGCACUGAAGACACGGCCGGACUGCAAGGAGAUGUUGAGAACAAGAUCCAUCUCGAAUUCGAGAUCGACUCGCAGCUCGGUCUGACCAUAAAUGACCUCCCUAUCUUCUCCUCCGAUCCCAAUACCGCCUCCAUUCCCUACAUCAUCUCAGCCCCUCAGAUCAGAGUAGAAGACGGUCAACAAACCGACCCUGUCCAGCUGGACUUUGCGUGGGAGAGGUUAACACCCAUCACGUCCACCGAAGAACCCGACAAGCGUAUCCACCCUAUUCGGUUUACGAUCCUCGGUCUUCAAGGCUACCCUGUAAAGGUCGACACCAUCGCCAUCGAUCUCCUCCAGACCCCCGAUCAAACCUCCAUUGCCCGCAUAACCACAAUCCCUUUCGAGGACACACCCGGCGCCACAACUUGCGACACGACCUCAAGAUGGUCUCUUUGCCGUCUACGGGCCAUUAUCGCCGCCCGUCUUCAAGCCAUCAUGGAAGCGGCCAAAGCACGUGCCUCUACAGCGACCAAGGGCUGGAUGAGCGAUGGUAGCAAGGGCUGCCGUGGCCGCAAGGGUCCCAAAACUUUCGGUUCUAAGCAUGCUGAAGGUCCUCGUCACGGCCACCACAAGGGCGGUCCUCAUCAUCACGGUCACCAUCGUCAUCACCGCUUCCACCGCUUUGGCCACAUGCUGCACCAAACGCUACGUUUCUUUGUUAUCCCCGCUCUCCUGGGAGUUAUUGGUGGUCUCAUGGCCAGUGCCAUUGGUAUGCUCGUCGGCCAGAUGAUUUCCUACCUGUGGAUCAGAUUCCACCGCAAUGGCCAACGCGGUACCGCAAGCCAUGAUAUUCGCGUCAUUGAGAUUGUGGUUGAUGAGGAAGAGAAGGAUGCCUUGAUCAUGAGCUCGCAGAUCGACAGCGAACUCCCUCCCCCGCCAGAAUAUAAGGAUGUCGAAGCUGGUGCGCAGGAGAAAAUAUAGUAAAUUCAAUUACCGCCAACAAAAACGCCCUCGACCAGAACCGGACCCAUGAUCAAAAUUGGGGAUGAGUUGGAAAUAAUCAAAGGGGAAGCGCAAGACGGACAAACAAAACCCACAAAUAUACAUUUUAUGAGAUACCCCAGAGCAUUGCAGGUGUUUUUGAUCGAGCGUUAAGAGGAGGAUCACUGCGCGGGAUUACAAUCGAGAUUGUCCCCAACAUUACAUACGAGGAUUUUGUCUGGUGUCGGUCCUCGAGGAGGUUGAUCGCCAAUGUAUAUGACGAGAUUCCGAUCCUUCUUACACGCAGCCCCGUGCACCACGCACCACGGCCAUCUCGGGUGGAUGGCGGAUGCAUUAAUUCUUUACCCGACCGCAAUGACGUCUCGGGAUUUGGAUGAGUGCGCGGCGUUUAUCACUCUGGGAUGGGGGGAGCAGAUCAUCGGAUAAGAUAGGAUAGGAUACAGGAUAGGCUAUGAUAUAGGAUUGGAGACUGUACUAUUAUAUACCAUACCGAGUACCUAUACUUUGACAUAUCCAGCCAAUGAGCCCACCGCUAUGAGAAGCUUACGACGUGUUGCGAGCGACAUAGUUAUCUAG